UUUUACAAUAGUCCUACUAGGUAGGUAUCCCUAUCUUCACUUUGUAGAUGAGGAAAUUUGACUGUGAGAGCAGUCAAGUGUGACUGAGGAUGUACAGCUUUUCAGGACAGAAUUAGAACUUGGACCGUUGCCUAUAUACAUCUAAGCCAGUGCUGACACCACCGCUCUGUCUGGCCUCCCUGCUUCUGUCCGUGUGCCUCAUUGUCAAGCAAUCAGCGGGGACUGAAUGAAGGAAUACACAGAGUGUACUUAGCCAACCCCAGGCUGAUCUCACACAUUUAUUCGCUUGCUGCAUUUGGAAGGUCAGGAAAUCGUUCCUCAUGCCUGACGUGAGUCCUUUCACCUGCUGCCUAAGCUCUUGGAAAAGUACCUGAGGGCCAGUAGACUGAGGCGUCUCUGGAGGGGUAAGGUCGUCAGUCACCCUCCUUCUCACCAGGUAACUAUGAGAUGUUCUCCCGCUUCUGUCUUGCACUGAUUACCCGCGAUUAGGCAGCAUUAUUUUCUGAUUAGCCCAACGUCCUGCCAAAGCAGUAAUGACUUCUGUAAGUCACCUCUGCAUGGAAGACAGUUGAUUCACUGUCUUUUCAGAGCGUGGUUUUGAAAAGAUCCUGGCCGAAGCUCUUACAGCACUCACGUGUGUCUCUCUGAUUCGCCUUGCCAUAACUCACUCUGGGAUAGGGGUCAUCGUGGUGGGUCAGGUGGAAAGGGGAAAGUCAGUAAUGUGAUCUGGCCACUUGAGUCAACUAGUUCUUUGGGAAGUUGGAUUCACACACAGCAGGGAAGGACAGGAGGUCGUAGGCAGUUCUGAUGAAUAAGGAAAAGACCCAGUUGUCAGAAUGGGGUCAUAAGGUCAGAGAGUCCAAGGGACAUCUGCUGACUGUGUGUUGUAGGGAGGGUAGGAAAUCUAUCCUUUCUAGCUCAUGGCAGCCUUGUGUGCUGUAGCCUCAGCCUCGGGCAAAGUGGGGAGCUGGGGGAGAGGAGAGCUUCAGAGCUUGGGUGCAGGCAAGGUCUAAUAUGCUUAGCAUCUGGCUACCCCAAAGGGCAUAUGGGGAUUUGCCCCCGCAGUCUUACAGUAUAGCUGGGGCUGUCCUGGACAUGGCAGGCCAGGAGGUGAAUCUAAGUUAUUUCGUGAGCUCUUGCUUCUCUUGCUGCCAGCCCCUUUUCCCUCACCCAUACAGUUACUGUAUGACCCAUCACCAGAAGGUGUGCUGGUUGCCCAGACCGCAAAGAGAAUUUGCAGCUACGUUCCAGUCCUGGCAAUGAAGUACAUGCGAGAAGCCACACCCUAUGUGAAGAAGGGCUCCCCAGUAUCAGAGAUCGGCUGGGAAACACCUCCGCCCGAAUCCCCUCGGUUAGGGGCCGGGUCCUCAGAUGCCCUGUCAUCACAGCCGUGCUCCUUCCACAGAGAUCGGAAGAACAUCCCCCUCAAGAUGUGCUAUGUCACCCGGAGUCUGGCCUCUGCUGACCCUGAGAACAGGCAGCUUGAAAUCCACUCUCCAGAUGCUAAGCACACGGUGAUCCUAAGGAGCAAGGAUUCAGCCACUGCCCAGGCCUGGUUCAGUGCCAUCCAUUCCAAUGUUAGUGAUCUGCUGACCCAAGUGAUUGCUGAGGUCAGAGAGCAGCUGGGGAAAACAGGCAUUGCUGGGAGCCGAGAGAUCAGGCAUCUUGGCUGGCUUGCAGAUAAGGUGCCCGGGGAGAGUGAGAAGCAGUGGAAGCCGGCACUAGUCGUACUGACCGAGAAGGACCUUUUAAUCUAUGACAGCAUGCCGCGGAGGAAGGAAGCCUGGUUCAGCCCAGUUCACACGUACCCUCUUCUUGCCACCAGGCUGGUCCAUUCAGGUCCAGGCAAAGGAUCGCCCCAGGCUGGUGUGGAUCUGUCCUUCGCGACACGAACGGGCACCAGGCAGGGGAUUGAAACGCACCUGUUCAGGGCCGAGACCAGCAGGGACCUCUCCCACUGGACGAGGAGCAUCGUGCAGGGCUGCCACAACUCGGCGGAACUGGUCACCGAAGUCACUACUGCUUGCACCUACAAAAACCAGGAGUGCCGCCUGACCGUGCAUUAUGAGAAUGGAUUUUCUAUUACCACUGAACCACAGGAGGGUGCCUUUCCCAAGACAAUCAUGCAGUCUCCCUAUGAAAAGCUGAAAAUGUCUUCAGAUGAUGGAAUCAGGAUGCUGUAUUUAGAUUUUGGAGGCAAAGAUGGAGAGAUUCAACUGGACCUUCAUUCCUGCCCCAAGCCGAUUGUUUUCAUCAUUCACUCCUUCCUGUCGGCGAAGAUCACAAGACUGGGCUUGGUGGCCUGAACAGAGCAGAGGGGUGACUUGCCUUAGAGAAAAGGAGGGCUGGUGACAUGGGACACCAAGAGCGCACACCACUUGGCUUGCCACAGUCAGCUUUGGAUCCCCAAGUCCUCUCACCUGCCCCAGACUUCUCUGACAGCUUCACUGAUGACAAGGGGGGCUCCCAAGAAAACACCAUGAGGAAUAUCAGAAAGAAAACGGGCUUUUUAGAAUAGUAGAAGGGUAAAGAGGUGAGGGCAAAUGGAAAUAAAUACACAGCCUAGCUUUGAAAUAAUGACAAGCAAGGACAUCACGAACAUGAGAACAGCACGUGCAGAUCUUAAUCAUACCAGUUUCUAGGCAACUGGUUCACCCAGGUAAGCAAGAGCUGAAUAGUUGAGGAAUGGACAUUUUCACCUCUCUCGCCCCCUGUAACAAUGAUCCCUUGUUUUAUUGUGAUUUAUUGCCUACUUCUAAUUGAGUUGACUUCUGCUGGUAAGGAAAGAGAAGUGCUUCAAAUGGAAACCCACCUUUUAUUUUAAGUAUGAAGCAGCUGUAAUUCUUUUCUUAAUGAAUUAUCUUUCAAUGAUGUAGAGUGAUCCUGAAGUAUUCUCAUUAGCAUAUGCUGAGCAGGAAUUAAAUAAAGCAUCAGAUACUGAUCUGAGCUGGAAGCUGGUGGAAUCUGAGCCAAAGUAGACUGUUUAUAUUGCAAAGCUUCACGGUGCAGAAGAGUGGUGUGCUUGAAAGACGAUUAAUCUGGGGACUGCACUCACACCAAGGUGUGCUAUCUUAGAGCCAAGACUGAUAGCUUUACUUACAGAAAGCAAAUUAUGGAUAUUUUUUUUAAAAGAUUGUCAUUUGAGAUGUAUAUGUAACAUAUAUAUCUCAUAUAUAUAACAUAUAUAUAAACAACUCACAUGUGGUUAACUAAUUGUCCCCAUUCCGUGGUUUUCAGUGGAAGUACUGAGCAAUUCAUUGACCCUUGUUUCUGCCUUGCUUGUAUGCAUGCAUUUUCAAACCAGUCCUAGAGCAGCCUCAUAUAAUUCUGACAGUAUCCACAGCUCUUAGGCAUUCCAGGGAAAUAAUAUAACGACCUGAUUAUUUUUCUACAAGAAUAUUUUUAGACAACAUAGAGUGUAUUACUGAUUUAACGCUUUUAUUUUUACCUUUCAAUACAAAUUCACCAAAAAGACACCUAUAUUAUUUGAUUUUGGAGUCACCUUCCUGGAACCUUAAAAAUUAGCUCUAGAGUUUCUGUAAGCAUUUGCAACUCUUCUUUCCCCUGUAGUUUAUAUAAACAAAUGCUCUGGAUUUGAUCUGUGUGUUUUUUUCAGAAUUGUCCUUCAGCAAAUACCUAUGCAAAGAGCUUUUAAAAGUGAAACUGUUUUAAAGGAAUGUAAAUUUGCCCACUGA